AUGUCUUCUUCGAUCUUCAGCGGGCUGAGCAGGCUCAUGCCUCGUUCCUCGAUGAACGCGGUUGGUAUCAACCUGGCGCUGGCAUGCAUCGAGAGCUUGCUCUACGGAAUGUUCUUCGUUCUCGCCAUGACCUCCCUCGCGGUCCUGGUCGGCCGCCAUACAAAUCGCGCUAGCAGCUUCAGCGGGCGCUCUUUUACGUCCGACAGGAUAUGGACCUCUCCCCUUUUUGUCGCAACCAUGUUCCUACUCGCAACAGUGACGUCCCAUUGGCUAAUCACCGUGCGAAGAGUAUUCGACGCCUUCGUCUACUACGAGGCCGGCCAGGACCCAAUGGCAUACUAUCUGACUGUCGAGGCGCCAACUCAGGUGAUAGGGACAGCCUUCGUGGUUGCCACUGUCAUUGUAGGCGACAUCAUUCUGACGUACCGUAUUUGGACCGUCUGGGACCGGCGAUGGGCAUUGAUCGUCUUCCCGACACUUUGCACACUAGCCUACACCGCGCUGGGUGUCAGUAUGGUCCAGCUAUUCGCCUCAUACGAGCCAAACGAGAGUAUUUUCAUGUCCGCUGCGCGACACCGUGUCAUUCCGACCUCCGCCCUCACUCUUGCCACGAACCUCUAUGGAACAGGCAUGAACGAUAGCAUAUCGGAUAUGGUCGAGCAACAGGGCUAUGAAGCACAGUCACACGUUCGGCGGUGUGGGGCUCAAAGUCUCCGGCUGGUGAUAUUCAUCGAGAGCGCCGCCUUCUACACGUUCUGGACGCUCUUCUUCGUCGUCUCCUUCUCCGCAAAUUCGCUCCUCGAGCAAUUCGCGUUCCACUGCAUCCCCGCCGCGACAGGCAUCUCCUUCAUGCUCAUCGUCGUGCGCGUCGGCCUCGGCUUCCACUGGUCGCAGAUCACGGGUGUCGGCAUCAGCCCGGCGGGGCUCGCGCAUGGCCGCCGCCCGUCGAUGCGCAAGCCCGCGCUCACGUACCCGCCACGCGCGAUCACGCUCAACGUGACACGCACGAUCGAGCAGGAGACGGACUACGCGCUGCGGAUGUCGCCCGAGCCUAGUGGUAGCAGGCACGACGUCGCAGAGAUGUGUUGA